AUGGAGGACAAGGUUCUCCUCGCCGUGGCCGUGGUGGCGCUGGUCGCCGUACUCUCCAAGCUCAAGUCGUUCCUCGUCACCAAGCCGAAGCUAAACCUGCCCCCAGGGCCAUGGACACUGCCGUUGAUAGGCAGCAUGCACCACCUCGUCAGCAACCCGCUGCCGUACCGGGCGAUGCGCGACCUGGCGCACAAGCACGGGCCGCUCAUGAUGCUGUGGCUGGGCGAGGUGCCCACGCUGGUGGUGUCGUCGCCCGAGGCCGCGCAGGCGAUCACCAAGACGCACGACGUCGCGUUCGCCGACCGUCACAUCAACAGCACUGUCGACAUACUCACCUUCAACGGCAUGGAUCUGGUGUUCGGGACCUACGGCGAGCAGUGGCGCCAGCUCCGCAAGCUCUGCGUGCUGGAGCUGCUGAGCGCAUCGCGCGUGCAGUCGUUCCAGCGCAUCCGUGAGGACGAGGUGGCGCGGUUCAUGCGGAGCCUCGCCGCGUCCGCCGGCGCCGGCGCCACCGUCGAUCUGUCCAAGAUGAUCUCUAGCUUCAUCAACGAUGCCUUCGUCAGGGAGUCCAUCGGCAGCCGGUGCAAGUAUCAGGAGGAGUACCUGGAUGCCUUGGACACUGCCAUCCGGGUGUCGGCGGAGCUAAGCGUGGCUAACAUCUUCCCGUCAUCUAGGCUGUUGCAGAGUCUUAGCACGGCGCCACGCAAGGCGAUGGCGUGCCGCGACGAGAUGGCGCGCAUCCUCGGCCAGAUCAUCUGCGAGACCAGGGAAGCCAUGGACCGGGGUGACAAGGCUUCAAACGAGAGCAUGAUCUCUGUCCUGCUCAGGCUGCAGAAGGACGCCGGCUUGCCCAUCGAGCUCACCGACGACAUCGUCAUGGCGCUCAUGUUUGACUUGUUUGGCGCGGGCAGCGACACCUCGUCGACGACGCUGACCUGGUGCAUGACAGAGCUGAUCCGGUACCCGGCCACGAUGGCCAAAGCGCAGGCCGAGGUCCGGGAGACCUUCAAGGGGAAGACCACCAUCACGGAGGACGACCUGGCGAGGGCAAACCUUAGCUACCUCAAGCUGGUGUUGAAGGAAGCGCUCAGGCUGCACUGCCCGGUGCCGCUCCUGAUCCCACGCAAAUGCCGCGAGACGUGCCAGGUCAUGGGCUACGACAUCCCUAAGGGCACAUGCGUGUUCAUCAACGUCUGGGCCAUCUGUAGGGACCCUAGGUACUGGGAAGAUGCUGAGGAAUUCAAGCCGGAGCGGUUCGAGAACACCAACCUAGACUACAAAGGGACAUACUACGAGUACCUCCCGUUCGGGUCUGGCCGUCGGAUGUGCCCGGGAGCAAACCUUGGAGUGGCCAACAUGGAGCUUGCACUGGCCAGCCUUCUGUACCACUUCGAUUGGAAGCUGCCAAGCGGAGAGGAGCCUAAGGAUGUCGAUGUCUGGGAGGCUGCAGGACUGGUUGGAAAGAAAAACACAGGCCUGAUUUUGCACCCUGUCAGCCGCUUUGCUCCGGUUAAUGCCUAA